AUGUCAGACAACAAUCCCCUCGCUGGUGCCGCCACCGGCGCGAGGUUCAUGCACCCAUCCCUAAUCUAUAAACCGGAGUUGGAGCAGGUACCAUCACAGAUCGCGACGCUGCUGACCGAGUACUCCGGGAUCCCGCCCGAAGCACAGACAGAGCACAUCAAGACGGUGCGCGACCGGGCCUUCAAGUCGCACCCAUACCCGUGCCUGGGCCGCUGGCGGUUCCUCGAGCUCGACCUGUCCAGCCACCCCUUGUACCACGGCUACAUCGUGCCGAAGAUGGCCAAAGAGCCAAAAGGCACCGACGGUCAGAAGAACCCGGACUGGAUUUUCCUAGAUUUGGGCUGUUGCUUGGGGCAGGACGUCCGCAAACUGCUCUUCGACGGCGGUGAUGCUAGCCGCAUCUACGGCGCGGACUUGCGCCCAGAGUUCAUCGAGGUCGGGUACGAGCUAUUCCGGGAUGAAGACAGGUUCCCACGCGCCGAACACUUCAUCGCCCCAGCCGACGUUUUCGAUUUCUCCCCCGAGAGCAAGCUGAGCAAAAAGUGCGAUGGCCGCGUCGGCAUCCUCCAUUCCACCUCGGUCUUCCAUCUCUUCGACUGGGACCAACAAGUCACCAUGGCGCGCCGGUGCUUGCAGUUGAUGACCUCCAAAAACGGCCGGGUGCUGAUCUGCGGGUGUCAGGUAGGCAACGAGAAUCCGGGCGAGUUCCCCCGACGCUUAGGCGGAGGCUCGCGCUACAGACACAACGAGGCAAGUUGGAAGAAGAUGUGGGACGAGGUCAUCCGUCAGGAAUCGACCAAGUAUAAGAUCAAAAGCAUAGAAGCUGGCGCGACUUUAUUGGGGAGGAACGUGGAUCGUCUCAGGGAGGAAUUGGCAGCGCAACAUCAGGCUCAAGGGCAAGAUCGAGAGGUAGGCACCACAGAAGGGGAGGAGGGCAACAACGAGCUCAGGCACAUUGGGAGGCUAGAAGAAGGGUUCAGGUGGAUGAAGUACUGGGUUUGGAUUGAUUUUGCGUAG